UGGCCGGAGCUGCGGCCCGGGAGCAGGGCCAUGGAGAAGCUGCGGCGGGUCCUGAACGGCCAGGAUGACGAGGAGCAGGGCCUGACCUCGCAGGUCCUGGAUGCCUCGUCCCUUAGUUUCAACACCAGAUUGAAGUGGUUUGCCAUAUGCUUUGUGUGUGGCAUUUUCUGUUCUAUCCUUGGAACUGGAUUGUUGUGGCUUCCUGGUGGUAUAAAGCUUUUUGCAGUGUUUUAUACCCUUGGAAAUCUUGCGGCAUUAGCCAGUACAUGCUUUCUAAUGGGACCCAUGAAGCAACUGAAAAAGAUGUUUGAAACAACAAGAUUGUUUGCAACAAUUAUUAUGCUUCUGUGUUUCGUGUUUACCCUGUGUGCUGCUCUUUGGUGGCAUAAGAAGGGACUGGCCGUAUCAUUCUGCAUAUUGCAGUUUUUGUCAAUGACCUGGUAUAGUCUGUCGUACAUCCUGUAUGCAAGGGAUGCGGUCAUUAAAUGCUGUUCUUCUGUCCUAAGCUGAAAAUCAGAAACUCGUGGAAAAGAACAUUUGAAUGCUGAUACUCUUAUGUUGGGUGAAGUCUACUUUUCCUGAUAUAAUAAUCACCCCAAAAC